AAGAAAAAAAUGAAUUGAAACUUUACUUCUUAUAAAUAACCUUGUAACGCUUUUUCCUCCUUUGAAUUCACACCUUAAAAAACCAUAAAACAUUUGCUUCUUGUCUCUGCAGAGGGAGAGUGAAAACUGCAAAAGAGUUGGAAAAAUGAAGAAAGUUGGGAGGAAUAGAGAAUGGAGGUCUGUUCUUGGAUUGUUGGGCAUUUUACUUCAGCUAUUCUUGCUAAUUGAAUGUGCAGCAACAAGGAGAAUUACCAAGAAGAACAGCCAAUUGGACUUGCAAUCCUUAUACCCUCCAGUACAAUUACAUAAACUGAAUAAUCAUGUGUUGGUGGAUAAUGGCCUGUUCAACAUCACAUUUUCUGUUCCUGGGGGAAUGGUUAUUGCUAUACAAUACAAUGGCAUUGAUAAUUUAUUGGAAAAUGAAAAUAAACUAAACAAUAGAGGGUAUUGGGAUAUUGUUUGGAAUAAAGCAGAAAAACCAGGAAUCAUCUAUGACAAACUUGAAGGAACAAACUUUGAGGUUAUACUGCAAGAUGAAAAUCAAGUAGAGAUUUCAUUCACAAGGACAUGGAAAUCUUUAAAUUCCUCAAGUCUUUCAAUGAACGUUGACAAAAGGUUUAUAAUUCUCCGGGGUAAUAGUGGCUUUUACUCCUAUGCAAUUUUGGAACGCUUGGAAGGAUGGCCAGACAUAGAUGUCUACCAAGGAAGAAUGGCUUUCAAGCUUAAUGAAAAAUU